CGAUCAUACCACUGACGCGGCCUAAGGGAACGCGUCUUAACACUGAGUCUAUCUCUUACCAGUAUGUCUUCAUCUGCAUCCUCAUCAAAACCCGCAGAUAAACAACCAGAGAAGCCCAAGGAGGAUGACAAUCAACCUCACCUGGGGGUUCUUGAAGAAGACGACGAGUUCGAAGAGUUCCAAGUAGCAGACUGGGAUGAUUCUAGCACAGAUUUGGCGCACUUGAAGGGCGCUGCACCCGGGGUCGCAAAAUCAGCGGGGGAUAAACUUUGGGAGGAUAAUUGGGACGAUGACGACAUCGAGGAUGAGUUCAGCGUGCAGCUACGGAAUGAGCUCGCUAAGGCAGGGAAAGCGACUGGGGACCCGAUGCAGCAAUAAUGACAUCGUAUCAGUGGUUUUGCCAAGUGA